GCGUCCCCCACCCACCCCACGGUGGCCUGCACCAAUCCGGCGGCGCCCCAUCACCCGCCUCCGCACUGAGCCUCAGGCCUGGGUAGCGGAAGAGGCGGCGCAAGAGCGGCGGGGCAGCGCGUUUGCUGCUUGACCCUUUCCCUGUGGCGGGAUGGCGGCAGGAGUGCUGGCGCUGAGCAGGAUGCUGCAGCCGCAGGGGCAGCUUGGCUUGAGAGCCACGCUGCUCCUCCUCCAGCUCCUAUGUGCGUGGGCGCCGAUCCCGGCUGGAGCUGGCCCGCUCUCCAGGUGGCGAGUGCCGGUGCCCAUGGAAAAGACAUAUUUUAGUUUUGGAAAGGUUCUCUUCAGUAACACUACCAUUCGCCUAACAUUUAAAGAUGAGACAAAAGCAUGCGAUUCUUCUCAGGGUUUCAAUAUCAGCUGGUACUUGAGAUACUGUAACUGCUACAAUGAGGUCUUCAGCUUUGGGGAUAAAGAUGCAGAUCGAUAUUUUCGGGGUCCUUAUAAAGAACGUCCAAGUUGGUCAGGAUCCUAUGCCAUGUCUUCGCUUGUCUUUCCCAACUGUUCUGAACUCUUCAGUUCACAGAUUUUCUACAAAGAAUUUGUCAUUCCAGAAGUCCUCCUAGACAAGCCAUCAGAGAACUCAAGGCAUGGGAGAGAGAAUGGAACAAACCAUACUGCUGCAGUGGAACAUCCUGAACCGAAUGCUGUGAUGAAAACCUGGCAAGAUGGGCCUUAUAUCUUUAUUGUACAGAUUGGAGUUUCUUCCAUGAAGGAUAAUAAUUUGAAAGUUAAAAGGAUGACAAGUGAUGGCUUGUCAAAAGUUACAGUUUCCUCUAAUUCACGGGAAACUCUCUUUAUCAUGGACGUGGAAGUGAAGGGCCCAUAUGAUUACCUCUCUCUUGCAGAUUACCCCCUUAUGAAUUUUUUCAUGGUGAUGUGUAUCGUAUAUGUGUUGUUUGGAGUUCUCUGGCUUGCAUGGUCAGCCUGCUACUGGAGGGACCUCCUGAGGAUCCAGUUCUGGAUUGGUGCAGUUAUCUUACUGGGAAUGUUAGAGAAAGCUGUUUUCUAUGCAGAAUUCCAGAAUAUUCGCUACACAGGAGAAUCUGUACAAGGGGCAAUGAUCUUAGCUGAGCUGCUUUCAGCACUGAAACGUUCACUUGCUCGAACGCUUGUCAUUAUAGUGAGUCUGGGAUAUGGGAUAGUCAAACCUCGCCUUGGAGUCACUCUUCAUAAAGUAGUUGUGGCUGGAGCCCUCUAUUUAUUAUUUUCUGGCAUGGAAGGUGUUCUUAGAGUCACAGGGUUUUUCCAUGGUCUUGCAGCUGUGGUAGCUAACUUUGGGCUGUCAGUUACUGACUCCUGUAUUAUUUAUUGGAUAUUCAUCAGUUUGACGCAAACAAUGAAGUUGUUAAAACUUCGGAGGAACGUUGUGAAGCUCUCUCUCUACCGACACUUCACCAAUACUCUUAUCUUGGCAAUAGCAGCAUCUGUUGUUUUUAUCAUCUGGACCACAAUGAAAUUCAGGCUGGUAGACUGUCAGUCGGAUUGGCAGGAGCUGUGGGUAGAUGAUGCAAUCUGGCGGCUUUUGUUUUCAAUGAUCCUUUUUGUCAUCAUGGUUCUUUGGAGGCCAUCUGCCAACAACCAGAGAUUUGCUUUUUCACCACUGUCUGAGGAAGAGGAGGAUGAUGAACAGAAGGAGCCAAUGCUAAAAGAAAGUUUUGAGGGAAUGAAAAUAAGAAGUUCAAAACAAGAAUCAAAUGGAAAUCCUAAAGCCACCAAAGCAGAUGAUGAUCUGAAAUGGGUAGAAGAGAACGUUCCUUCUUCAGUGACUGAUGUUGCUCUCCCAGCGCUUCUGGAUUCAGAUGAGGAAAGAAUGAUCACACAUUUUGAAAGAUCCAAAAUGGAGUGAAACAGCAAACAGUUUGUAGGAUAAGACUCCCUGCUGUUGGAGAAAGGAAGAAACUUCUGUCUCCCUCAGAAUGUUCCAGUGCUGCAUUCUUCUAAUAUGUUCCUUGAUCUUCACCUUUGGAAUUAGAUACUGUUCUCACAGGGAGAACAUUUUACUUGGGUCACUGUGGAAGAGAGUUACACACGUGUUGGUAAAUCUAGGAAAGCAUUUGCAUUGUUGCUGCAAGUUGGAUUUUUAAGCCAUCUAAAUGUCUUUUAUUGCAGCAUAUUCUGUUACUUAAAAAUUCUUUAUAUCAAACUAAAACUCUUUAACUGCCUGAAGAACUAUUAAUUCAACAUAUUAGCGAAAUCCCAUAUGUUUUAACUACAUACGGGGAGGAAGGAAGGAAGAGCGACUAUGACCAGUUUCCCCAAACCAGCAAAGGUGAUAUGUGCACAAAGGCAACCUUCUGCGUGCCAACAGUUUGCAGCAAUCCACAUAGUCAAAAAGGUGCUGCGCUGAGUAGUAAUUCCUGUAGUUGGCUUCUGGGGCUUGUAUGAACAUAGGAAGCUGCCUUGUACUGAGUCACACCAUUAGUCCAUCUAUGUCAGUAUUGUCUACUCUAACUGGCAGUGGCUCUCCAGGGUUUCAGGCAAGGGCUUUCCCCACCUUUACCUCAAAGUGCCAGGGAUUGAUCCUGGAACCUUCUGCAUGCAAAGCAUGUGCUCUACCACUGAGCUAUAGCCCCUCUCCAUAGCUUAUGUGUAGAGAGAUUGAAUCCCAACCCCUCUGCUCCCCAGCAGAGGAUUGGCACUGUCAGUGUUGGCAGCAUCAGCCAUUUAUAAGAGAGCCUUACACCCAGUUGUGUGUGUGCAGCCUGCUGUGUGCAAGAAUCUGGUUCACUGGUCAGUACCUUUCACUCUUCUUGAAUGUAGCAGCAGUUGACUGAAGAUUCUGUUGUCUAGCUUGGGAAAAGAAGAGGGCUUUAGAAGAAGAAAAUUUGAAAAUGUUAUCUAAUGGCUAAUGUUUUUAAUCAAAUGAAGUGCAAUUUUAUUCACCCCCCUGGAUAGGGAAUAUUGUCUAUUUUAAGUUUUACAUACUUUGAAGCAAUGAUUGCUUAAUUUUUAGUGUGUGUUGCCCAUCUCAUUGCUGGCAAAGGGGUGUGAGCAUGAGCAUUCAAUUUUCAAGUCUGAGCCAUGUAUAAUUUAAUAAAAUACCCUGUCAACUGUUCAUUGUCACCCAGUAGUCCUAUGCCCAUUCUCUGCUUCCAAUAUUGCUAUAUUGGAACCCAUAUCAUAUGGCUGGAUUCAGCCAUCCUGUGCAGACUGACUCUGUGAACUAGACCUGUACAGCUUUUGACCCACCAAGCCAAAUGCAAUUCACUAGCCAUGUAUUGUGGGCCUGACUACACUCAUAUGUUUUGUAGUUACAGAUAGGCAGCAAAAUCCAGAUGUUUUAUCAAAGCCCUGGUGAGCUAUGUUUGGCCACAGAUUUGCAGAACUGUUCCAAAUUAUUGUGUACUUGGUGUAAUCUGACCUAGAUUUGCACAUAUUCUAUACAUAAAUGUGAUCCAAAAUAGCCACUAUUCCCAUUGCUGUUUUCAAAUAAUAUCAUGUCAGGUGCAGCCUGAAUAUCCCCUCUUCCCUACAGCAUGUACAGCACAUCCUCAUUCUGUGAGGUGCCUAACUGCCCCAUGUCCCCCUCCUUGCCAAAAUAAAAAAAAUCAGGAAGCAUCCUAUCACAUGCUCCAAACACUCGUAUAAUUCUCCCCAUCCAGUCCUCCCCUCACAAUUCUUUGUCACAAUGCCUCUGAAACCCCAGAGCUCUUCACUUCAUGAUUCUUGAGGAGGGGCUACCUCUAAUAACUUCUUUUUAUAAUUAAGUGUAUUGGAAAAUUCAAGUACUUUACAGGAUUUUGUAAGACUCCCCAGAAAGUUGAGCUUAAACCCUAGGAAGACGAUACAGUCUUGGAAAACGAGCAGAUUUGGUUACUUUUGUGAUGACAAAUGUACUGCAAUAAUACUUCUGUGCUCUGCUGGGAUACUUCUGUUCAAAAUGUUUUGCUUGCAGGAAAAGGAGGAUCAUUUUUGAAUGUAAAAUUGUAUUUUUAAAAUGUUGAUGCCAGCAUUUGGGCUUUCCUCGUGGUAAUGACACACACAUCGCUCCAGCAAAAUCUGGAAUAAAAAUUUCACAUCAAAUUUUUGAAAUCUGCCAGUGUUUGAAUUCUGUCUCCCUAGUUUGUUUUCAUUGUACUUAUACAUAAGUGGUUUGGUAAUGGGUUUCCCUGUAACUUAACAGGCAUUUUUUCAUUUGAUUCAUUUGCAGAUUUCUGUUCUGUAUAAUAAAGUUUCUUUUUUUCUUAAA